UGAAGCCAACCCAUCAAAGCAAAGAAAAAGCUUAAUUCAUUUUGAGUUUACAACUAGCUAGCUAGAUCACAUGACGAGUAAGGCUCCUAAGAUAGUGCAAAUUGAAACAAGGUACGUGGAGACUGAUGCUAUAAACUUCAGAGACGUUGUUCAGAGCCUCACGGGGAAGAACUCUUCAACUGCUUGGAUAGGACGAAAUGAAGGUUCAGAUGUCAAAGGAGGAAUUGAUGCUGUCCCUGCCAAGCCGGAAAAAAGUGCUGCCUCUAAUGGUACAAAGGAAACUCAUUUAUCUUCAAUGCUAAUGAAUAACACGUCCUUUAAAGAGUUUGAUAGAUUGUGGUUUGAGUUCCCAAACAUUGAGAUGGAAGACAUGCCCUGGUUAUAGGACGAGCAAGAUUUGCACAACAUCGAUCAUUGCUCUUUUGGCCCUUUUUUUUUUUCAGCUUCAUCCUUU